CACUUGUGUGGUCAUACUGCUGACGUGCGCUUCGCUCUUUGUUUCAGAUCUUUGCUUGACGAGUGGGAUUAAACAUCUGCUGAAUAUCAGAAACCUUCGCUUUGAAACAGAAUAAAGAACACAGAGAAAUUCGUUUGCUUUACUCUGGCUCGUGAAUGCGAGACUGAGUACAAGAACCUUGAAAUGGGUGCCGUUUAUGAAUGAUAUUCAAGGUCGUUUGGUCUUUACUAGGUUAAUUGGUUAAUGCAUAUUAAUUAAGAUAAUGGCUCUGGAUCUUUCAAGUGUAAACGAUACUUCUUUCGGAGAUCCUUACUCAAAUACAAUGUAUAAUAGUGUCUUUUUAUCCUCGGAUGUGAUUUCCUUCCCUGGGACAAACGAUAUUCUAUUCUAUAUAUCUGAAGUAGGUCAUCUUAUCUUAGCAAACUUUUUUGUUGAAAAUUCUAAUGGAAGUUAUAUUCUCAAGAAACUUCCAUCUGUCAAAUUUCCACAAACUACUUCAGGCGUACCGAUUAAUGUGUACUCGGAUAAAGGUUAUUCGAAUCAAGAAGACUGUUUGUUUUCAACUUCAACGAAUGGUUGUUCUAGUCUAUUCGACUUGAGUACACCGACUAAAUUCGGAUGUGUUGAUCUGGAUGCACAGCUUUCAUCGUCUGCUGCAGAUCGUACAAAUGUUUGCCAUAGUCAAACUGGUGUACAAUGGACUACACCUAAUUCAUCAUCGACAACGACGACGACAACAACAACGUUAUUGAUCAACUCAGAUGUGGAACAGGCUGUUGCUGCUACUACACCUCGUCGACAAUGUGAAAAUGACUCAAAAAGCUUGCAUAGAAAUGAAGUCGACAAUGAGUCACCAUCUACUACAAGGUCGAAAUUCUUAGGACAAAUAGUUUCUGAACUGUUAGAGAAAUCAAAAACUAGGAUAAAUUCAUCUGAGAGUGACGAGAUUAUUAUUCAUGGGCAUAAUUUAUCCGAACUGGAACGUUUUGUUAAUCACUUUCGACAGUUUCGAUUGCGUCUGGGAUUAUCACAAGUACAAUUGAGUUCACAACUAGCAAAGCAUUAUAACAAUAAAGCAAUAUUUAGUCAAACACUUUUAUCUAGAUUUGAAAAACUCAGUAUUACCGUUAGAUCUGCCUACCGAUUAUUACCUUAUUUAAAACGUUGGAUUGCUCAUGCUGAACAAAAACAAUGCAGUAAAAUUGUCACAGAGAAAUUACCAGUCUUCCAUUGUUCUAUUCCUGUACGCGCUGUAGGCAAUGCUCGAGUUAAAAUGUUAGCUCGUCUAGGCCAAAGUCAUAGCAGUGAUAAUAAUGAUAAUAAUGCUGAAAAUCCAACUGUUUUGGCUCUUGUGACAAAACAAGUUAAGAAUAACAAUGAUGAUGGUGAUAAUCAUGAUGUAAGUAGUACUCCUUCAGUUUCAGAGAAUCUCAGUCCUGAUGUCUCUGAAUCAGCGUGUAAAUUAACAGAUCCACAGCAAAAACGAAGACGUCGUCGACGGACGUAUUUUUCCACUGAAGCUCUAUCAAUACUGACAGAGUUUUAUGCAAAGAACUCUAGACCGAAAGG